CCCACAGUGCAGGUUACAUUACAAACACCAUGUUCACCAACUGCUACAUCUACAACAAGGCAAGUCCCCACAGUGCAGGUUACAUUACAAACACCAUGUUCACCAACUGCUACAUCUACAACAAGGCAAGUCCCCACAAUGCAGGUUACAUUACAAACACUGUGUUCACCAACUGCUACAUCUACAACAAGGCAAGUCCCCACAAUGCAGGUUACAUUACAAACACUGUGUUCACCAACUGCUACAUCUACAACAAGGCAAGUCCCCACAAUGCAGGUUACAUUACAAACACCAUGUUCACCAACUGCUACAUCUACAACAAGGCAAGUCCCCACAGUGCAGGUUACAUUACAAACACCAUGUUCACCAACUGCUACAUCUACAACAAGGCAAGUCCCCACAAUGCAGGUUACAUUACAAACACUGUGUUCACCAACUGCUACAUCUACAACAAGGCAAGUCCCCACAAUGCAGGUUACAUUACAAACACCAUGUUCACCAACUGCUACAUCUACAACAAGGCAAGUCCCCACAGUGCAGGUUACAUUACAAACACCAUGUUCACCAACUGCUACAUCUACCACAAGGCAAGUCCCCACAAUGCAGGUUACAUUACAAACACCGUGUUCACCAACUGCUACAUCUACAACAAGGCAAGUCCCCACAAUGCAGGUUACAUUACAAACACCAUGUUCACCAACUGCUACAUCUACAACAAGCCCUCGGAUGACAUCGUGCUCAUGGCUCAGGCCCUAGAGAAGAUCUUCCUGCAGAAAGUGGCCAUGAUGCCCCAGGAGGAGGUGGAGCUGUUGCCCCCCGCCCCGAAGGUCAAGGGGCGGAAACCCCCCGGCACAGGGGGUCAGCAGGAGCCGGCCGUGUCCUCAGCCUCGCCUCCUCCGUCCUUCUCCAGCAGCACGCCCCCGGUGUCCCAGUCCCCCGUCAUCGCCUCCACUCCAGUGCCAACCAUCACCUCUAACAUCCCCACAGUGCAGACCACGCCCACCGCCCCGCCCAUGAUGCCCGUAGUUCCCCCCGCGCAGCCUGUCAUCAAAAAGAAGGGCGUGAAGCGGAAAGCUGACACCACCACGCCCACCACCUCCGCCAUCACGGCCAGCCGCGGCGAGUCGCCGCCCCCCGUCCCCCCGGAGGCCAAGCCGGGCAAGGCGGCGGCGGCGGGGGGGCGGCGGGAGAGCACGGGGCGGCCCGUCAAGCCGCCCAAAAAGGACCUGGAGGACGGCGAGGCGGCGGCGACGGGGGGGCUGCCGGGGGGGAAGAAGGGCCGGCUGACGGAGCACAUGCGCUACUGCGACAGCAUCCUGCGCGAGAUGCUCUCCAAGAAGCACGCCGCCUACGCCUGGCCCUUCUACAAGCCCGUGGACGCCGACGCCCUGCAGCUGCACGACUACCACGAGAUCAUCAAGCACCCCAUGGACCUCAGCACCGUCAAGAAAAAGAUGGAUGAGCGGCAGUACCUGGACGCCCAGGGCUUUGCGGCGGACGUGCGGCUGAUGUUCUCAAACUGUUACAAGUACAACCCGCCGGACCACGAGGUGGUCGCCAUGGCCAGGAAACUGCAGGACGUGUUUGAGAUGCGCUUCGCCAAGAUGCCGGACGAGCCGGCGGAGGCCAGCCCGCCCCUGGCCCCGCCCGCCGAGGGCGUGGUCAGCAAGAGCCGGGAGAGCAGCGGGAGCAGUGGGGGGAGCUCCAGCUCGGACAGCUCCGACUCGGAGGAGGAGCGGGCCACCCGGCUGGCAGAGCUGCAGGAACAGGUGGGUGCGGAACAGCGAUUCUCUGUGGAGCGCCCCAAGGGUAACGGGUGCGCCGAGCGUUUUCAGCUGAAGGCCGUUCAUGAGCAGCUGGCCGCCCUGUCCCAGGCGCCGGUAAGUAAACCAAAGAAGAAGAAAGAGAAGGAGAAGAAGAAAAAGGAGAAGGACAAAGAGAAGCACAAAGCGAAGGCGGAGGAGGAGAAGAAGCCCAAGCAGCCGUCCGCCCUGCCGGCCAAGCAGCCGGCCCCGCCCAAGAAGCUUCCGGCACGGAAGGCCAACAGCACCGUCACGGCAACCAGGCAGCCAAAGAAGGGGGCGAAGGGGGCCGAGCGCGAGUCGGAGGACGAGCCCCCGCUGCCCAUGACGUACGACGAGAAGCGGCAGCUGAGCCUGGACAUCAACCGGCUGCCGGGCGAGAAGCUGGGCCGCGUGGUGCACAUCAUCCAGUCCCGCGAGCCCUCGCUGCGCGACUCCAACCCCGACGAGAUCGAAAUCGACUUCGAGACGCUCAAGCCGUCCACGCUGCGCGAGCUGGAGCGCUACGUCAAGUCCUGUUUACAGAAGAAGCAGCGGAAACCGCCGCAGAAGGGCGGCUCGGCGGGCGGCGGCGGCCCCUCCAGGCUCAGCGGGACCAGCAGCUCCUCGGACACGGGCAGCAGCAGCUCCAGCGGCUCCAGCUCGGACAGCACCGACUCCGACUGAGCCGCCAUCGCCGUCGCCAGCCUUUCACUUCCUGUCUGUUUUUCUUCUUUUAAAACAAAAAAAAACAAAAAAAAAAAAAAUCUUUUUUCUGUUUUUCAUUUUUAAAUGGAACAUUGUAUGCAGGUGUGGUUGUUUUCCCCUCUGAGACUUAUGUUUUAUAUAAAAGUACAAUAAAUUAAAAAAAAAAAACAAAGCAACGCCACGCCAAAGAACAUUUAAGGUUUUUUUUAAAUGUUUUGGUGGAGACACGAGAACGGUGAGGAGCUUGGUUUGACUUGACGGGGUCGAGGGGAACUUCUCUGGCUUUCAAAGGGAGCGGUCUGAUACCAAGCGAACAAAAAUUUGUUAAAAAGAAAGAGAAUAAAAAAACGCAUUUAAAGAUUCUUUAACUGGAUGAAUGAAAGGAGAUUUUUUACUUUUAUUUUUUUGGGGAGAAGGACCUUGCCCAGUGAAUUUAAUCUCAGAAAGUCGUUGAUCAAAAUGGCGUCUGUGUUCAACUUUCUAAAAACGAUCUGGCGAAGUCGCGUCUGCGCUUCAGUGGAGUGGAGGGAGUCGUCACGGCAACAUCACCUGGACCCAACCUCUCAGCCAAUCGCGUCACACGGUCCCCGCAAACCUCAUCACAUUCCACAAGUGUCCAACUGUCCAUAUUCCUGUGCAUCGACCCUUUCCUAAUUUAUUUGACGUCUUUACAAAGAACAUGGUUAUAAUUUGCUCAAACAAAAACAAAAUAAUUUGGUGUUUGCCAACACAAAGAAUGUGAAUUUUUGCUCCACUCUACAGAGAUCCAGCCCCCCCCCCCGCCCACUUUCAGUGCUUCUUAACGAGUGUUAGGAGUUGCCAAGUGGCCACCAACGUUAGAUCUGUUUCAGAUAAGUUAAUAUGAAGCCAUGCAAUCUUCAAGUGAUUAGUUAGGGAGCAAUGCAUUGCAUCAGUUCAAGGUGGCUGGGAAAUCAAUUAAAAAAAUCAGUUUAUCCCCACCUGUGUUAGACGCUAAGCUUUCAAGUAAUUAACUUUUCAUAUUAUCAAUUAUAAUUUUUUUCCCCCUGUCGACACCAUACAUGGGAAGUGUUUGACCUCGAUUCUGUUUGACCAUGGACUUUUUAUAACUGGGAUUAGUGGCUGUACAAAUAUCAAAUUUCAGUGGCAUCGCAAACGUGUCAUGUAGAGAUCUUCACUUGUGUGUUAGAAUGUAUUUGAGCUGUUUGGGGGGGUGUCUGUUCAAAGGAUGUUUGGGCGUGUCGGUGUUCUUUUUUGGGAAAGGGAAGGUGGCUUUGAGUGUUUCCCAGUUUCUGUUUUAAGACGAUGCAGUAUUUGUGAUUGAAUACAAAUUUAAAGUGAUCCCCCCCCCCCCCCCAAAUGCCUUUGUGUGUUACCAGAGAUGAGCAUUGUUGUAUAAAAUUAUUUUUGGGGAAUGUGACUGAAGUUUUAUUCGUAGAAUUGAGAUUGCUGUUUUAAGAUUUCCUGAGAAGCAUCGUUUACUCAGUUUCAGCUUUGUGGGAUGUUCAACAUGUUUUCUGUGUUGCUUUAAAACGGUUAGCUUCCAUUUUUGCUGUCUUUUCUUUUCUUUUUUUACACCUGAAAGCUCUAAAGUUAUAUUGCCAUGCAUUAUCACAGAACCGGAUGGUGCAUUUGGGUUGUGUGCUUGUGUUACGCGUGUUUUACGAGAUAAUUUUGGUCUACCCUUGACCUCCACCAGGUCCCCAAAUCUCACUGAUGAAUGUAUGAAGUUGUGAAUUAGACGGUCGUUUUGCACCUGCUAAGGAAAUUGUUCUCAUCAACAGUUUGCGGACACUGCCAAAUUAACAGAAAGCAGUGUUAAUCAAUUCUUAAAUGAUCAGUGUGAUACUUGGACCGCUGGUGUGUUCUGCCUUCAAAUGACUGGGAUGUUGUCACAAAAUGGUAGAAAUUCUCUGACUGCGCGUGGACCGCCCAAACAGGAAGUGGAUACGAACGCAUUGCAUUGUGGUUACCACUUUUAAUGUGAAACGUGAAAGCAAAUCAGUUGCCCCUAGCAACAAGGGUAAUAUCACCGACAAGUCUUCCUUUCAAGGAAUGUUUUUUUUUAAAAUUACAUGUCUUUGCUAAAUGUCAGAUAUGGCUUCUAAAUUACUCCACCUCGUUAAAUGGGUUUAAAUGCAUUAUUUUCAAAAAUUAUAUUAUUUUUUCCUGCUGCAACCAGUUCCUACCUUGGUUUGACAUAUGAAGCUAAAUCUGUAUAAAAAUGCUCAAGGGGGUGAGGUUUGGGUUAACUGUUGUCAUGGUAAUGAGUCUUACAGCAGUGGCAAACUGCAAAACUCCCCAAUUAAAUCAGGAAAAAGUGCAUUUCUCCAUCACACUAAUGCUUUCCCGUGUACAGCACCCUGAUGGGUUGUCCUUUGAAUGAUGUCACAAGUUUUGAAUGAUAGAAAAUAAUUAUAUAUAAAUAUUAUAUAUAAAUAUAUAUAUUCGCCACUUUUUAGUUUAUUUUAGGCCCCUAUCAAAAUGCUAUUAUAGUUCAUUUUAUAUAAAACAAAAUUAAAAAAACAAAAAAAACAAAGUUUACUUUUUAUGUAUGAUGUGCAUGCAGGCUUAUUGGAACUUUCUUAUACCCUUUUUUGAGCUGUUUAUAGUAACUUUCUGUAAAUGUCAGACAUUGAAAAGAUGGAGGAUUCUGUGUAGAUUUAGGUUUGUGUACUGCAAUAUGGGCCCCGGGGGGUUGGGUUGGGGGGAGGGGUUGUGUGGGUGGUGGAGGUGACCCUGGAGAGGAAUUUGAAGCUAAUAUCAGAUGUAACGGGUAACCUGGAGACUCCAGGCCAAAUGGUUACUUUUCUUUUUUCAUAAAUAAACUACAAAAAACCUA